AUGGCGUCUGACCUGGAUACCAUCACAUACAAGGUCAACUUGGAGCUCUAUAGGAACAAUACUACCCACAACUUCCGUGCAUUCUCCAAUCAUUUGGUGGACGACGGUAUCCUCAGCGAACAAGAGUUUGACCAGUACCGCCCGGAAAUUGGCACACUCUUUGAUCAAUGGCGCAAGGGCUCGCAAACCCAACAGAACCAACAACAACCCUUGAGCCCUGAGUCGCUACCUCCACAGGGAACACCGCCUAAGAACACCGCCAGCUCUCCACCCCAAGAUGUUCGUCCGGACUGCGGCGUGGAGACACUAGAGGAAGCUGUUAAACUCAUUGACAAAAGCGGGCCACUGUUAGAUCCUCACACGGCGUCUCUUUACCAGCCUGGGAAGACGAACCAUGACUCUGUACCCGUGGCCAUGAGCAAAAGCUCGUGUUCCCAGAGCUACAUACGAGCUGAGACACUGGAGCUGAAUAAGAUCGAUUGGACGGGGAAGACUGUCACUCUCCGAUGGAAGAGCGCGGCCAUGCGUGGGGACGAGGACCAAAGGGUGCAGCAAACUUGCUUCCAAGUGGUCCACAAGACGGAGGCCACGCAGGCGGGCUUUCAUUUCGACAUGUUGGUCGGAAAUGAUCAUGGCCUUCCUCUCCAGCAACAAGUUAGGGCUCUUGGAGCCGAGGAGACUAGUUCGGCCGACUCGUCGGUCGUCGACGGCACUGACGAUAAUCCGACUCAAUCGUCUGACGAACUCGACAGUGACACCGAAAGGCGCCAACUAUCGCUACCAUCUCGCGGUCCUCCUCCACCAUCCCGCAUCGCCAUGUUCUUUUUUGAGGGGCCAGAUGCACGUCGAAACUGUGUGGACGUCUAUAGGGACCUCCAACCUGGAAGGCAUGCGGACUCAACGGCAGUUGAGAGCUCAGGUGGACGCUCGAUCGAGUCGCGAAGAUCUGGCUCUGGAAAACGAAAGCUAAGCCAUGGCGACAAUUCCGAAGGACCUUCAAGGAGAAACCGUCCUUUCGGAGAAUAA